AUGUCGCUGCAGACUGCAGCCAAGAAGGAAGCGCGGGGAGAGAGUGAAACAGAAGGAGGAGGACGAGGGGACCCGGACGGAAAGGGGGUGACGGAAGCACAAGCGGAAGGAGGGCUCACCAAGAAUGGUGGUGGAGGAGGGACUCAGCUACCAAGAGAAGGAGAGAAGGAGGAAGCCCGGAGAGGAGGAGAUGAGGACGGUGGAAGCAGAAGGGCAACGGAUUGCGGAAGGAACUCGGCAGCGAAACUCGGCGGGGCAGGAGCGGCCGAGGCAGGCAAAGGGUGGGCGGCGGACGCAGGAACCGGAAGAAAAACGGAACGGAACACUAAAGGAGGCGAUCAAGAGGAGGGCAUGGCUGCAAACGAUAGCCGACCAGAUGGGUGUCCGAGCAGACGGCGGCGCAAGCGGAAGGCAACGGAUGGCAGCAGCAGCGCCAGCGGCGCAACGGAGCAUCAGCGCCACCAGCCGGCGCUGGACAAGACAGCCGAGGUGGGCGGGAGGGGAAAAGAGAGUGGAGGUGGGGAAGGAAGUCAGAGAGGACAGACGGCAGGGGAUUGCGGCAGCAUGCAGGGCAUUGUUUGCAGACGGACUUGCACGGCCUGUGCAGCGGAAAGGAAAAGGAGAUCGCACGUGGCGAGGGCGCUCAAAAAGAAGAUUCGAGACGAGAGACGGCGUCGCGUGAGACGGCAAAAGCGGGCCGAACGGAAAGAGAGGGACCGCGUGGCGAGGAACGGUGCGCUUCUGAGACUUUAG